GUCAAAGCUGACAGCUGCGGAGGACAGCGGCAUGUCGGCGAGGAGCAGCUGCGCCUGGCCCAGGACUCAGUUCUCCUCAGCUCUCAUCUCCUUAUAACCCCCACAGGCUGGGGAUUUUCUUGCUUUUACUCUUCCUCCCUCUGUUUCUGCACAUCAUGAGAGACUCUCUGCCGCUUUCGCUAUUAGCUCUGCUUUCCCUGCUCUCGACAACCGUCAAUGUUCUCGCUGUGCCUAGUGCUGUCUCGGGACAGUCGAUCCCAAUAAUACGACGUUCAAGAGUCCCUCAGAAUGAUAAAGAUCUUGCUGCCUGGGCUCAGAAGCAUAAAGCUUAUAUUGAAGCCAAGUACGGCUUCUCGAAGCCUACAGAGAAACGAGCAAAUGGCUUGAAUCUACUUACAGAUCUUCAGUUUGACUCGAGUUAUUUCGGCUCAAUAGCGGUAGGAACUCCUCCAACGACUUUCAAUGUUAUUUUGGAUACGGGUUCAUCUGACCUCUGGUUGUCAACUUCCACAAGUGAGAGCACAUCCCGUCAAGGCCAAGAUAAUAUACCGCAGUAUAAUCCCUCAUCAUCUUCAUCAUUUGAGCAAGUGAACGAUACAUUUUCCAUUCAAUACGGCUCCGGUGCAGCGAAGGGUGUCCUCGGAAAGGAUACCGUCCAAUUCUCCGGUUUCCAAGUUACCGGCCAGACAUUUGGUUUGGUAACUCAGACGACAGCACAACUGCUGUCAACUCCACUGUCAGGUCUGAUGGGUCUGGCAUUCGAGGAUAUUGCAUCGUCAGGUGCUACGCCAUUUUGGCAGACACUUGUCAACACCCCCGGAACCCUUGACAGUCCGCUCAUGGCAUUCCAAUUAUCACGUUACACCAACGUUACUGAUGCUCAACCACUUGAGCCCGGAGGAACGUUCAACAUUGGAGCUGUGAAUAGCAGUCUCUACACAGGCGACAUCGAUUACCAAAAUACUCCCGAUGGUUCACCUGGGUAUUGGAUAUUGGAGUUGACGUCAAUGAGCGUGCAAGGGAACUCAAUUUCUCUGCCUUCUGGUGAAGGCGCUUGGGCUGCCAUCGAUACUGGAACUACAGGCGUUGGCAUGCCCGCCGAGAUUGUACAGAACAUCUUCGCUCAAGUUCCCGGCAGUCAACCUGCCGGUGGGCAGUUCGAUGGUUACUACACCUAUCCUUGUUCCACCAACAUCGAUGCCCAAGUCGGAUUCGGCAACAGUAGCAACAGAUGGACGAUCUCCUCUGCGGAUUUUGCCUUCCAACAGCUCGAGGAUGGUAGUUGUCUUGGUGCCUUCUUUGAGUUGCCAUCUAGCUCGGGCACAACGACUCCACCUAUUAUCAUUGGCGAUACUUUCCUUAAAAAUGUAUACUCGGUAUUCCGGGCUAGCAACCCACCAUCAGUUGGGUUCGCCACUCUCUCAUCAACCGCUGUGUCUUUGAACGGUGCCGAUGGACCUGUACCUUUGCCUACUAUAGUUUCUUCUCUCUCGGGUGUGAACCCAACUAGUACAGGUGUCUCCGUUGGUACUGGGGGUCAAAAUAAUGGUGCCUCGUCAACGACGAAUGGAGUUCACGUCGCUGGGCUAGCAGUGUCAUUACUGACUGCUGUAGCCCCAUUGCUGUUGUGGUAGGAAUAACAAUAAGGCCAUAACAUACUUCCUUCCACGUCGCGGAGAGUAUACUACACUGUUGUAACGUUUCUUCAAUCCGUUGUGCUCUCAAACGUGUGUGCUAUCCGGACGUUGUCGUUGAUGUUGUCUUAUUUCUUGUUUAUUAUCGCCAUCUUUCCCCUUUGCAUCCUUAUUAUAGUAGAAUAUAACGUACUGGGACUUUUGCAUCCUUAUCAUUUCACUUGAUGUAUAUAUGUGUAUGUUGAUUGUAGGUUGUAGCUACUUUGUAAUGGAUUUACGAGGAUGGAUCAUAAGCCUCAUCGUUGCCUUGUAAAAUGCGUGUUAGUAGAGAUAACAUUUUUCGUUCGCCUGAAUAACGGGUAAGCUACGAC